AUGACAUUGCUGGCCUUCCUGGGCACGGCGCUCAUCGCAGAAGCCUUCCUGGCUUUCCCCACCAACUUGCAGGUUGGGGAUAUCAAUGAGAAGGUGAACCUGACAUGCGAUGCCCCGACGGGGCAGCGGGUGAGCUGGGAAGUUGAGGACGGAGCCCUGGUGGAGAUGAAGGAGCUGCCGCCCUGGGGUCACAUUCUGGGUGUCGGCCCCCUGGAUCUUGCCUCUGCCCGCAACUACACCUGCCGGGGAGCUGCAGGACAGGUGCUGCGCAGAACCUUCCUGGCCGUGCGCGACCCGGACUUCCCCCUCUUCCUCCGAAAAGCUGGAAAGGCAGAAGCUGAGGUGACCUGCGAGGCGCCAUCGUACGGGGGCACCUUCAGCUGCUGGUGGAAGACUCAGCACCCAGGCGCCUUCCGUGCCCGCCUGCGCCGCAAAGGACCGGGCUCUGCCCGCUGCCCUGCAAGAGAAGUGCCUGCCUCUCCGGGGGAGGUGCGCCUCCUGCUGGAGGACUGCUCCCCCUGCCCUUUCGGGGAGAAGACGGAGUUGGUGCUGGUGCUGGAGGGGCUGGGCGAAGAUGGCAGCUACGAGGCUCUCCGGAGGGACGUUGUCAUCCAGGACAUUGUGAGGCCAGACCCACCAGAGAAGCUGACCAUCCACAAGGAGUUGGGAGCAAAGCUGAAGCUCAGCUGGGCUCCCCCAGCCUCUUGGCACUGCGCCUCAGCCUACUUCCCCCUGCGCUACCACCUGAAACUGGAACAUUAUGAUGGCACCCAAAAGGAAGUCAGCAGCGACAAGCUGAAGGAAACCAUCGAAGAUGCGGAGGCUGUGCAUCGUGUGCAGAUUCGCUGCCAGGAUCUUUUCACCAACUCAACAUGGAGCCUGUGGUCGCCCUGGGUCACUGUCCGGUGA